CUGCACUUUGUCGUGCAUCGUACACACGAGCUGCUCGGUUGAAGCGAUGUUUCCCCUUGGCUCAAUAACUGUCCGGCUUGGUUGUUUCGCUGGGGAGGCCAUGAAGCAACAAGCUGAGGUUAAGGCGGCCGAGGAGUGAGUUACUUACAUAAUCACCCUUUUUCCCUCUAACUCGACGUCACCCGUCAAACGUCAAACGUCAACACACUCGACGGCCAACAGCAGCAGCAGCGGUCUCCCGCACUGUGGCCAUCCAUAUACACACCCGCGGGCUGGAGCGUUUGAUUUUGCUGCCAGUUGAUGGCCGUCUCUUAUUGCGAGGGACUCCCUGUCUCAGAUGAAAUCCUACCUUGCACCUUCAAGCUUUGUGGUGCUGUUGUGCUGAUUCCCUAUAGGUCAACAGCUUUCCAGCAAAUUCGACAUGCAUAGACAUAAACCCUUAGCUUCACCAGUUUCUGUCUAGUACUCCGAUGAAUCGAAACAUGUCGUCUGCGUGAUUCAAUCGGGCCCUGCAUAUUCAGCCUUAGGAAGAAAUCGGCUGAAGUUGCACUCCAUACUACUCCUUCAGCCUGUUCCAACUGGGACUGCACAGGUUGAAUGUUGAUACGCGAAGCAUCUAACAAAAUACUGAAUUUGCUGGAAAUUGAGCUGCACCAGGAAUUCUCCCUGUCAUACCACUGGUUUGUUGCCGCAGAUCUUGUACGCCACCAGCUUGAUUGCCGUCCAAUCGACAAAAUCCGGCUGUUCUCUAGCGGGCUCAACAUCCUUCACAUAAGAUUUUCCAGACAGUAACCGUGGUAAAUGUAUAGUGGAGCAAAAUGCUACAUUCCCUGCAGCACGAUAUAAAUAGACCUUUCUCAUAUUCGUUCACCCUUUUCUUCACCCCGAGAGACAAUCCCUGGAGCUACGUGGUGUCUGGAUCCGUCGGUGAGGAUCAACACCAUGGAAGGAAAUACUCCAUAACGGAGCUGAGCUCCCCGUACUCUUACUGUAAUGCAUUGUCCUCAUGGAAGUGGCGAAGAGAAUCAACAUCGGCGCUGUCCCGUACAACUAAACAUACCAUUAGCUCUACGGGGUAUAUAGAUAAUAUAUGCCGUGACACUUCCCCAUUUCAUUGCACAAAAAGUGGCUCGAAGUGAAGGAGAAGUGA